UUCACCGAUUCUCGUAGUUGAACACCUUCAAAACGUUCAUGCGACUACGCCAAAGAGCAAAAGUAUAAUUUUAACAAAAAUAUGUCUGAUACCUCAUCUUUCGAAAUGAGUUCUGUCGAUCGCCCAGUAAAUCGCUUUCAAGUGAAUCCUGUUAACCACAAAGCGAAUGAGAUGAUACAACUUAAUGUGCCACAAGAGGUCUAUCGGCGUUUGGUAAAUAGCGAUGGAGAAGCAUUGGAAGACGACACUUUCAAUGAAAACGCUACCGAUAUCUUAAACAAACAAAAUUUGCAGCGAACACAUAGGCAUUCUAUAAAGAGCAGCUUUCGUGAUAAAGACAAACCCUCAAGGUUCAAAGAUUCUCAAUCGCAAACAACACGAUUUCAAGUAGCUCCCCCGAAUGAGGAAGACUCGGACGACUCCAGUGGCACUAAGGAAGACCGCGAACUAUUAGACAAUGAGUAUGACACGAAGUAUGGAAAAAGUUUUCGACACUUCACCCGCGAAGCUUUGCCCAGAUUGGACAACUAUCGAAACAUUAUGUCAAUUCAAGCUGCUUAUCGUCCAACUCUUGAUGAGUUACACAACGCAACCUUGACCGGAAAGAGCGCCAGCUUAAGCCGCAAUCAGGACCCUGAAGCGGCUAACAUGAAUGGAGCCUUCAAAUUCGGUUGGAUUAAGGGAGUGUUGAUCCGUUGUUUGCUCAACAUCUGGGGCGUAAUGUUGUUUCUACGUCUUAGCUGGGUGGUGGGACAAGCCGGAAUCAUAGAAGGCUUCAUUUUGAUCCUGACAACGACCGUCGUUACGUGUGUCACUUCCCUGUCAAUGUCAGCGAUUAGUACAAAUGGUGUGAUUAAAGGGGGUGGGACAUAUUAUAUGAUAUCCCGUUCACUUGGUCCGGAGUUCGGCGGAUCUAUUGGUCUGAUAUUUUCACUGGCGAAUGCCGUGGCUUGUGCUAUGUAUGUUGUGGGCUUUUGUGAGUCUAUGUUGGAUCUAUUGAAUAGUUUCGGUCUCAGUAUUAUUGAUGGUGGUACCCAAGAUGUGCGGAUAAUUGGCUGUAUCACCAUUUCCUUAUUACUUAUUAUUGUUGUUGUUGGUAUGGAAUGGGAGGCGAAGGCCCAAAUUGGUUUACUCAUAAUUUUAUUAGUAGCUAUAGGAGAUUUUAUAAUCGGUUCAUUGAUUGGCCCAAAGAGUGAAUUGGAAAAAGCCGAGGGUUUUAUCGGCUACAACUUUACAAUUUUCAAGGAAAAUCUGUUCGCCGACUACAGAAAGGAAGAGGGAGUGCAGCACGAUUUUUUCUCGGUCAUAGCGAUAUUCUUUCCGGCAGCCACCGGUAUUUUGGCAGGCGCAAACAUCUCGGGCGAUUUGAAGGAUCCACAAAAAUCGAUACCAAAAGGUACCUUGAUAGCUAUUCUGAUUUCAACCGCUACAUAUCUGCUAAUGGUUCUCAUAUGCGGAGCCACAGUGGCUCGAGACGCUAACGGAAAUGUAGCUGAUCUUAUAAAUGGCUCGUACGCUUUCCUGAAUUGCACGCCAGGUGAAUGCAACUAUGGCUUACAGAAUUCGUUUCAAGUGAUUGAGCUUGUUUCCGCUUUCGGACCUCUGAUAUAUGCUGGCUGUUUUGCUGCAGCAAUUUCUUCAGCCUUAGCCAGUUUGGUUUCAGCGCCAAAAGUGUUUCAAGCGCUCUGCAAAGAUGAACUCUAUCCGAAAAUCGUGUGGUUCGCCAAAGGUUAUGGCAAAAACAAUGAGCCUGUCCGUGGCUAUGUGCUAACAUUCAUCAUCGCUGUUGCUUUCAUUUUAAUUGGAGAACUCAAUCUGAUCGCGCCGCUUAUUUCGAACUUUUUCCUUGCCGCUUAUACGCUCAUUAACUUCAGCACUUUUCAUGCCAGCUUAGCUAAGCCGGUGGGUUGGCGGCCAACAUUUAAGUAUUACAACAUGUGGCUUAGUUUGGUGGGUUCGGUGCUGUGUGUCGCCGUUAUGUUCCUUAUAUCGUGGGCGACGGCACUCAUCACAUUCGUCGCAGUUCUGGCUUUAUACUUAAUUGUGGCAUACCGCAAACCCGAUGUCAAUUGGGGUUCGACCACGCAGGCGCAGACGUACAAGAACGCUCUGAUGUCUGUGCAGCAGCUGAAUAAUGUGGAAGAACACGUUAAGAACUAUCGACCACAGAUACUGGUUCUAUCUGGAUUGCCAAAUACACGCCCAGUACUGGUUGACUUUGCCUAUAUGCUGACCAAGAAUCUUUCCUUACUGGUUUGCGGACACGUGCUGCGGGGCACUAGUUCUCAACGCUACAGAAAUUAUUUGCAAGAUCGCGCCACAACUUGGUUCCGCAAACACGGCGUUAAGGGCUUCUACGCGCUCGUCGAUGGGGAGGACUUUGAGUCGGGAACAAGAGCCCUAAUGCAGGCUUCCGGUAUUGGAAAAUUGAAGCCAAACAUUUUGCUUAUGGGUUAUAAAAAUGACUGGCAGACAUGCGAAAAGAAGGAUCUGGAUCAAUACUUUAACAUUAUGCAUAAAGCAUUGGAUAUGUAUUUGUCUGUAGCUAUUUUACGCUUGCCGAAUGGCCUUGACUGCUCUCAGAUUUUGGGAGACGAAAGUAGCGCCGCUAAAAACGUAAUUGACAUUCCACGCACUCUUCAGCCGAAUGAGAGCUCCGCAGAUUUGAUGUCCGCCGAUAGGAGUGUACAAAAUGGACUAAGUGGUAGUAUGGAUUCGCUGAGCCGAAAUGUCUCUCAGGAUGCCGGAGACUUGUCUAACACAGAGAAUGACUUGAAACUGUUAAAAACCUCUAGCACCAGCGACCUAUCAUUCAUGGCAGGCAGCCAAGUUAAAGAAGUAUCUGGCUUGCCCGAUCCAGUUGACCCUAAAUCGCCUCAACUCUUGACGAAUUCUUUGCGUAAAUCGAAGCAGAAGCAUAAUGAUCCGGCUUCUCUGUAUAAGGGUCCUGGAGGUGUUGAGCUGCCAAAGGAAAUCCUCAUGGAAUUAACACAAUUCACCCGAAAGCGCAGUCAUGCGGUUAUUGAUGUUUGGUGGCUAUACGACGACGGAGGACUUACCCUGCUCCUGCCUUAUAUAAUCAGUACGCGUCGAACUUGGCAAUCGUGCAAAUUGAGAGUAUACGCUCUGGCAAACAAAAAAGCUGAAUUGGAAUUCGAGCAACGUUCAAUGGCAAGUUUAUUAUCCAAGUUCCGUAUCGAUUACUCGGAUUUGACGCUUAUUCCCGACAUAACAAAAAAGCCACAAGAAACAACAACAGUGUUCUUUAAUGAACUCAUUAAGGAUUUUGUGAUUAGCGACAAAGACAAUGGGCCCUCGAAUGCAACACCCGAAGAUGAAGCCUUUAUUAGCGAAGAUGAUUUGAUGGCAGUACAAGACAAAACCAACCGUUAUUUACGCCUUCGCGAAUAUUUACACGAGCAGUCGAUGAAAUCCGAUUUGGUUGUAAUGACUUUACCGAUGCCUCGGAAGAACAUUGUCUCAGCGCCGUUAUAUAUGGCAUGGCUAGAGAGUUUGAGCCGAGAUAUGCCACCGUUCCUGUUUGUACGUGGCAACCAAACAAGCGUUUUGACAUUUUACUCAUAGACAAUUGCGCACCCCAUCUACAUAUCUACUAGAAGUGAUAUGUGUAUACAGUGGACAUCUCUAGUAAUACGAAUCAUCUACAUAAUGUGAAAAUCAAAAAUCAAAAAAAAAAACAAAAAAAAGUCUUAUUUGAAUUGAUUUUUCUGAAUUCCCAUAAAAACCCCACUUAGUUUGGCAGCCUUUACCCUAUGCUUCCUGAAUUUUUUAGCAGGAUAAAAUAAAAAUCUAAGUUUGAGCGCAAGUAUCUAUUUUCUUAAGGUUGAAACGUUCAACAAAACCUGUUUAUUAAAAAAACUUAAGCAAGUGCACAAUAUGUUCAAUAUGUUUUCAAGAUGUAAUGUUUUUCAUCCAAAACCUCUGUUAAAUUGAUACACGGCCUCAAACAACGAACAAAGUUUAGUUGUCAUAUGACUACGAUGGGAAGGAAAUAUUCAAGUUGGCUUCAAAAAUUUUUUGUCACUGUUCAUAUUAUAGAAAGCAUGUUAGGUAUUCGAAUAUUCACUGUAUAUGCAUGGUUGCUGAAUAUACAUAUGUACAUAUGUAUGUAUGUAUUGUGUGUAAGCACUAUAAAAAUCAUUUACCAUUAAUUCGACAUUUUAGUCUCUAUUUAUUUUACUUUGUUUGUACAAAAGUAUGGCAGAAAUUGUUUUUUGUUGAUGUUAAAAUUAAAUUAAUUACAUUAAUUAUUAUUCUGUAUAUGCGACGCGUACAAAACUGUCAA